AUGCAGCAUGAAUUUUCGGUGAAAGCCUAUGAUGGAGCGAAUACCCAAAAGCGUCGAUGGGCUCCUAAAGCCUCUUGGGACCGUAUAAAAACUUUCGUUCUCGACGAAGUCACCAAAGGGAAAACACAGAAAAAUAUAAUUGAGGAUCUUGAGGGACAGGGCAUAUCUAUCGAAUCUUAUCAGUUAAAGCGACUACUAAAGGAAUGGGGCAUAAGUGAUCGGAAUAUCCGCCAGAAGAAUCGAAAAUAUAUUUUCGAAACAGAGAAGCGCCUUAAGGAGCAAGGAAAAUGUGUUAGGACAUGGCGAUUUAAAGAUAACCGCCAGCCGGUUAAGCAAUCGCAGCUAGCGGCGAUUAGGAGAAGCACCGGAAAGGAGUUUCAAGAUGUUAAAGCAAGCCCAGGCGCUCUGAUUGUUUCGCCCGCAGAAUUGAUGGAGGAAAAUUAUCCUGCCGGGAUGUCCCAGAUAGGGUUUCCGAGUAACGACCAUGUCCGCGAAAGCAUCUCGGAAGCUCAACUUGAACAUGACGAAGUCUCUCAAGAUACACAUAUGGAACCAGUUAUAUAUGUAUCGAACAUGGAGACUGUCGAGCCGGCGACUACAGAGCAAUCACCGGCCUCUUCAGACGACGAGAUUGAGUUUUCAGAAGGUUUCGUCUCUGAGCCGAUGCCCACCAACCCUCCAAUUCUUGGGAUGCUAGGAAUACCAACUACCUCAAUAUUCGAAAACGAAAGAAAUACUAGUAAGGCUGAGAACAACUCUGGGAUAACAUUUAGCUCGCAAGCAAGCGCUGCGAGCAAAACUUGUGAAAGUGUCCAAUCUAAUCCCGAGAUCCCAAUCAUUUUGCAGUCUCUUUGUGAAAGUUUUACUGCCUCGAUCGAUACGACUCAGGCUCUCGUUGCUCAAACUAGGGACUCAUUGAGAUCUCGAACUCUACUCAGUCUAUUGACACCAGAUGGUGAACCUAAAGGCUGCCUUGGUAUUCCUUUUCAUUCUCCAUUUGAAGAGCAUGUUCUCACCGUGGCAAUGCAGGCUGGAGAGUUCAGGGACGGAGUGGAUAGCCUCCAACAGAGAUUUCAGAGUCUCACUAUUUCUGCCCCAGAAUCAGAUAGCUCGCAGCGGGGCAAAAUACCAGAUAACAACUAUUUUACUCUUUCAAGGUGUGAAGAUAUUGUUCGGUACCAGAUGUCAUUGGAUUUGGCACCCUGUGAAAAUCUUCCGGUCGAUUAUAAUAUGGCGUUUUGGAUGUCAGGGGGACCGUCACAAAUUCUAGGGAACAUCGAAAGCAAUUUAAGGCUAUCAUUCGUAGACGAGAUCUUACAAGAGUUUUACACUGUUAUUGAACCGAUGUGGAAUGCCAUCUGCUCGCCAGCCGCAACAAUGCAAAACUUGAAAGGACAGUAUACAUUUCGUGGUUUUCAUAGGCAGCAGUUUCGCGAAAGAGUAGUCAAGCUACCCCAACUUCUGCAAACCUAG